AUGAGCGCCCUCCGCAGGCAGCUGAUGCGCACGCUGCAGCAGCAGCAGCACCGCCGCCCCGCCGACCCCGCCGCCGCGGCGCUGCAGUUGCGCGUUGCCGCCGCCGUCAGGGACGCCGCCGCGCGCGCGGACGGCGCGUCGGCGCCGCUGCCGCCGCCGCCGCGCGAGGUGGAGGACGCGCUGCGGCGCGCGGUGGCGGCAGGGUGGUGCGACCAGGUGGCGCGGCGGGUGCGGUCGGCUGCGUAUGUGGCCAGGGUCGCUGAGGAGGAGGGUCGCAAGCGCCACGCCGUGCGCUACCAGCCGUGUGAUCUGGACGAGGAGGUGUACCUGCACCCCAGAUCAUCCCUGCACGCCGCCGCCCCCGAGUACGUCGUAUACCUCCAGCUCGUGCGCACCGCCAAGCGGCCCUACAUGAGCGGCAUCACGCCCAUAGAGCCCGCCUGGCUCGCCGCCUGCGGCACGCCGCUCGCCGCGCUCUCCCCGCCGCUGCUCGAGCCGGCGCCGUUUUACAAGCCGGAGGCGGACGCGGUGCUCGCGUGGCACGACGCAUCGUACGGCCGCCCCGCCUGGCCGCUGCCGCGCGCCGCGCGGCCGCACCCGGACGCCCCCGCGCGCGCAGCCGCGUUCGCGUCCGCGCUGCUCGCGGGGCGCGUGCUGCCGGCGCUCGCGGCGCUUGCGCCGGCGCUGGUGGCGCGGCCGGAGACGGCGGGGCGGCGGGAGCUGGCCGGGCUGCCGCGGGUGGGGGAGCUGCUUUCAGCCCUGGAGCGGCGCUGCGUGGACAGCCGCGCCGCGCUGGUGGCCGCGUGGAGGGCCGACCCCUCGUUCCUGCGGCCGCAGCUGGCGCUGUGGGUGGCGAAGCCGAAGCAGCAGCUGCUGGGGAAGCUGUGGCCGCGGCUGCUGGCAGAGGCCGGGGCGGCCUGA